GUAUGGUCUCUUGAUAACGGCAAGCUCCGUAUCAACCUCGCCGGCCACACUGGCGUCCUCAACAAUGUGACCAUCUCCCCUGAUGGAUCCCUCUGCGCUUCCGGUGGUAAAGAUGGUGUUGCUAUGUUGUGGGAUGUCAACGAAGGCAAGCAUUUAUACUCCCUCGAUGCCAACAGCAGCAUCAACGCCCUCUGCUUCUCCCCCAAGAACUACUGGCUUUGUGCUGCUACUGAUGCCGGUGUCAAGGUGUGGGAUCUCGAGACUAAGAACGUCCUCGAGGAGAUCACUCCCCCGGCUGAGUAUAAGUCGCCUCUCCCUUGGGUUGUCUCCAUCUCGUGGUCUGCUGAUGGCAACACUCUCUUUGCUGGUAGCACUGAUGGCAACAUCUAUGUCUACGAGAUCGCCAGAUCGUAA